AUGGCUGAGUUGACAACGACCAAAUUGGACCCGGACUCCCAACUGCUGCUGGAUCAGCCACUGCUGCGACUGCCCCACGAGCUGCUAAGGAAGAACCUGAAGACCGCGCAACGGCAUAUUGAACAAGCUAACAAGAACAUCACCAAAGAUGUGCACUCAGCAGUCAGCCAGAAGCCCGAUCAAGCACUGGAAUCGCUAGAUGCCACCCUCCAGAAAGCCCAGAACCUCAAGCGGAAGCUGGAAGCACUCCACGCCGAGGAACAGAACCUCCAUCGUCAGCAACGACUGCGGAUCGAGCAUCUCCAGCAAUUACACGAGAUCCCGAGUCUCGCAGACGUCAAAUAUGAAACCUGGUCGCAUACCCGUCUAGAUCGUCUAUUGGUGGACUAUCUACUGCGACAAGGCUACACCGAGAGUGCAAGAGAGCUUGCGGCCGAGAAGGACAUCAGAGAUUUGGUGGACGUGGAUGUGUUUGAGGACUGUGGCAGGAUAGAAAAGAGUCUGCUGGCCGGACGAGUACAGGAAUGUCUCUCCUGGUGCAAUGACAACAAGCAGCCGCUCAAGAAGAUUAACAGUAAUCUGGAGCUGGAGCUGCGGCUACAACAGUUUAUUGAGCUUGCGAGGAAACGCGAUCUGAAAGAUCAAGUGGAAGCUAUAGUGCACGCACGGAAACAUCUCUCGGGUGGACCGGAUGUUGAAUUCGGCCUGCGAGCGGGUGGUCUUUUGGCACAUCCUCCGGAUACCUUGGUGGAACCAUACCGGGUGAGCGACUACUCGACUCUACCCACCAACUUACGAGCUUUGUCUAACGCUGCAAGCAGAUGAUGUACAGCCCCGAACGCUACACGCAUCUCGCCCAACAAUUCGUCAAAAUCCACCACGAGCUCUUCGCCCUGCCAUCCCAACCCCUCCUCCACAUUGCCCUAUCCGCCGGCCUCUCCGCCCUCAAAACGCCCAGCUGCCACUCCCAAUACGCCCUUCAAGCGAGCGCCAACACCGGCGCCCCCGUCUGUCCCAUCUGCAGCACCGAGCUCAACGAGCUCGCACGCAAUGUUCCCUACGCCCAUCACCCGAAGAGCCAUAUGGAAGACGAUCCCGUCGUCCUGCCCAACGGGCGUGUCUUUGGCCGGGAGAGAUUGAAACGCUUGAACGAGAAACUGGGGACGAAAGCAGGAAAGAUUCGAGAUCCGACAGACUUGGAAUGCGAGUGGGAGGAGCGAGAUUUGAAGAAGGUGUACAUUUCGUAG